UGUCAGAAAUUUGUUAGUCGAAGCGUCAAAAAAGCCGCCAUUUCUUGGUUAUCAAUUCGAUCAUUUCUAAUAAUUCUUCCAGCAAGUUAAUUAUACGCUAUAAAUAAUCAAUCUAAUAUAUAAUUUAAUGGCGAAAGUACUUUAUUACUAAGUAUAGCUACUGUCAGCUCCUCCGGGGGUAAUAUUCACACUACGAUAAGAAUUUUACCUCGCAGUAGGUACGCAACAGAAUGGGGCUUGCAAAUUACCACCUGCUACUCUUUGGCCAAGUCAUCUCAUACUUCCUCGCAUCAAAACUAAUAUUUGACAAAGUUAACGAAACCAUAAACAUUGUUAUCGAUGAAUACUUCCAUAUACCGCAAGGAAUAGCGUAUUGUAAUGGAAACUAUUCCUACUGGGAUCCGAAGAUAACGACUCUGCCAGGCUUGUAUCUCGUAUCAUCGGUUGUUGGCACAUACUUCAAAUGCAAUACGUACAAUUUACGGUUCGUCAAUCUGAUAGCGUCAUGUGUGAACUUAGUACUAUUUUCCAGCAUCUUACGGUUUGUCUACUUCAGUGAUAGAAAUCAUAUGAAAAUUAUUUUGCAAGCGGUUAGCCUGACUAUACUGCCUCCAUUAUAUUUCUUUUCACAUGUCUAUUACACCGAUGUCCUCUCCGUAACUUUCCUGUUGCUGUUUUCAAGAUUAUGUUUGACAAACCGAUACAUUUUCAUGAUUUUGAUCAGCGGUGUGUCUUCCAUAAUGAUGAGACAGACAAAUGUUGUAUGGAUUGCUAUGGUGUUUGGUCAUAAGUUGCUGGAUUUAUUAAUUAAGAGUUCCAGAGUGUUUGGUAACCAGUAUAUUAACGAUGUGAGGUUGAGUAAGCGUUCGCUCAUAGCCAAAGACGUGGAUAAGUCUAAAUUGAAACGGUAUUACGGAUUAAAAGAUGUGUACUUUGCAGCAAAAUAUCAUUUGUCAACUGGUUUGACAACAUUCUUCAAGUUCUUAACGUUCCAUGAUGCUACCAUAUUGUUCACUCAUUUGAUGAUACUCAGCGGUUUUGUGGCUUUUGUUUAUUACAACGGUUCCAUUGUUGUUGGAGACAAAACUGCUCAUGAAGCGACUCUCCAUUUACCCCAAUUGCUGUACUUUUUGCUAUUUUAUGGAGUCUUUGGUUUACCUUACGUUGUGAAUCGGUUGAAAUCUACACUAAAAUUGAUGUAUAGGCAGAAAAUUUUAGUUUUACUGUCGAUUUUGGUCUUUAUAUUAACAGUGCAUUUCAAUACCUUAGUCCAUCCGUACUUGGUAGCAGACAACAGACAUUUCACAUUCUAUGUCUGGAACCGAUGGUUUGGUAAAUAUGAGAAUGCCAUUUAUUUGACCGUACCAGUAUAUGUUUUUCUUCUAUUCAGCAUUUAUGAUAAUUUGAGAGAACAGAAUUGUAUUUCGUUUUUGCUACCGUACACAAUCUGUUUGGUUCUUAGUUUAGCGUUGCAGAAGUUGAUAGAAAUCAGAUAUUUUUUGGUACCGUACAUCGUUUUAAGGUUAAGGUUCGCCAGACCGUCUCAUAUGGUAAUUCUGUCAGAAUUCCUAUGGUAUAUUUUGAUAAAUGCGGCCGCUUUCCACGUUUUUUUCAAUAAAGAAGUCAUGUGGAAGGAUUUCGAUUAUGUUCAGAGGAUAAUUUGGUAGUAUUAAGUAUUAAAAAAUGCGAAUAGUCAUAGAAAUGUUCUUGGAGUUAUUUUUCUAGUCCAGAGGAACCAGUCUUUUGCAUGAGUGGAAUUGCGUUUAAAAAUAAUAUAAUUGUCAUAAGGCCCGGAUUAUAUGCAACGUGAAAGUGCCAAAAUUUGCACCAGAAAGCCGAAAAAUGGUAUUAUAUGUGCAUCAAAAAGCCUGAAAUAUAAAUACCCGAAGUGUGUUUGAUUCAGAACAAAGAUUUCCGAGAUCAAAACUGAAGUCUUUGGCACAACUGAAGAAACGUGUUGAAUUCGUUUCAAAUUCAUAUUUUAGGUAAAAUAUUGCCCAACUUGCGACAUAAAUAACAGUCAUUAAGGACAUUAAGUAUACGAUUUUCGUUUAGCUUUUUCAAAAUACCAAUACUAGCCGGACGUCCACCGCCAGCUAAACUAGGUUAGGUUUUUUAGCUCGCAUGGUUGAGCUAGUUUUUCAUACAUGUGCAAACUAUGCUAGCUACGCUGCCAUAAUACUAUUAUACUUCGAAUUUCCUUGUGCGGACAAUUAUGCAGUGGAACUCUAUGCCAGAGUCUGUGUUUCCUGAAGGGUAAAACCUGGGUGCUUCAAGUCACGAAUGAACAGGGUGCUUAUAGACAGGCGUGCUCCAUCGUAGGCCGUAUUAUUGUGCACCAUCAGGCCAGAUAGUGGCCAUAUAAGAUACCAAGAAAAGAAAAAAAGUGGCUCAAUUAUGCGAGCUAAACAGACUUAAAUAUUACCUAGCAGUGAAUGUUUAGCUGUCUGCUUUAUCAUUCAAAAAGAUCCAAAAUAAAUAUAAAUACUAAUUAUACGCAUCUAAUCCGGACUUUAGUUAUAAAUGGUGACCAAACGGUCCUUAAAUCUAGACUAAGAAUUAGUUUUAUGAUUGUCAGAAUAAUUCGUAAUAGUAAUUAUAUAUUGAAAAAUGGCUCAAAAAGGCACCAAGCUACAAUGCCGUUAGUAUUUCGAAGAUAUUGUGAUUUUUCGCUGUUUGGAAAAUCCUGGUCGCUUUACGGUUUUAGGCACGCUACAAGAAUGCCUUUAAUGUUAAAGUGAUUGUAUUUUUGUAAGGCCCCAGCCGCACUACGUUGUUUUCGGUAACCGAAAACGGAGACAUCGCCACGGUUUCCACCUACGAUAUUUUCAACCUUAAGUCCUACCGCUAAAAUUAAAUUUUGUGACCCCAACAAUUUUGUAACAUUUCAAUCGUGAUUACUCGCUAGUCCUAUAAUUUAUAUCCGAUUCGGUUUCACAGAAUUAUGCGAUUAAAAACCGCUGGGGAUUUGCUGUAGUACGGCUGGGGC